AUGCCUACCACAAAGCGCUGCGGCACCGAAACCGCCGGUAACAAAGCCAUCGGCGGCGUCCCAAGAAUCCAUUACUUCGAUUUUCAGUCCCGAGGCCGGGGGCAGGUUAUUCGCCUCAUGUGGGAAGAUGCCGGCAUCGCCUACGAUGACACGCGCUACAGCUUUGAGGAAUACCCUGAUUACAAGAAGACUCGCAUUAUGGAGAUGAACCCGACGACCAACAUCCCCGUCGUUGAGUUGAAUGGGAGAAUCCUGACGCAGAGCUAUGCCAUCCUGAGGCAUUUUGCUAGACAGCUGGGGCACUAUGAUGGGGAGACCGAAGAAGAAAAGUACUGGGCUGAUGCUAUGUGCGAUAUCGUCAUCGACUGGCGCUCCCUCUUCAUCCAAGCUUUCUUUGCGGACAACAUGGAAGAGACCUAUCCCGAGCAUCAAAAGACCGCUCGACCGAGAUUCCUGAAAGCUUUGGAGACGCAUCUGAAGACGCAUCAGCUAUCCACAUCGGGGCCGUAUAUCAUUGGGAAAAACAUCACAUAUGCGGAUCUGGUGCUCUACCAGAUCUGCCAUGAUGAGAGUUUGACACAGGAGGGGAGAAAGGGGCUGAAGGAUUACCCUAGGUUGGCGGAGCUGGUGGAUGCAGUGGAGGCGAGGCCGAAGGUCAAGGCCUUUUUGCAGAGUGAUAGGUAUCUAGGUUGA